AUGGAGCAGCAGGAGCAGCUCCUUCAGCAACUCGGGGGACAGCUGCAGACGCUCCUCGGGGCUGCCGCCCGACCCGCCCACGGAGCCGUGGGAGACGACACCGGGGGUCCCCGGCCUCCGGCGCCUCUGCGCCUGACCAAAAUGGGCCCGGGGGACGACCCGGAGGCCUUCCUCACCACAUUUGAAUGGGUGGCCCUGGUCGCCGGGUGGGCCCGAGAACACUGGGCCACCCUGCUGGCCCCGUACCUAACGGGGCCCGCCGAGCUGGCCUGUCAGGGGCUAGCCACGGAGGACUCCCGGGAUUACGAGCGGGUGAAGGCGGCCAUCCUAGGUGCCCUGGACGUCAGUACCGAGAUGUUCCGGCAACGGUUCCGGGGCCAGACGUAUCCGCCAAGCGCCCAGCCCCGGCUGGUUGUCCAAAGCCUGAAAGAGGCUUGCCGCCGUUGGUUGCAGCCAGAGACCUGUACGACGGAGGAGACAACGGAGCAAGUGGUCCUCGAACAAUUCGUGCAGAUACUGCCAGCCCGAGGACGAACCUGGGUCCUCCGCCAUCGGCCAGCAACCUUGGGGACGGCGGUCUCGUUAAUGGAGGACUUUCUUGCUGCAGAGGCCCCGGUGGGCCCCGUCUUCUAG